GUAGGGCAGCCAACACUAGACCAGCUGACCACUAGCAGAUGUCAAGCGGGAAAACCCUUCAAGUGUUUGCCCUACGGAGUCUGCUACAAUGCCGACCAGUUUUGCUAUUCUGGGAGUCUCGAGUCAUGUUUCCCCCGGGACAUCCCCGCUGACCAGCUGGAACUGUGGUGCCAAUCUUCGGGGCAGAACAGAUCUCAGCUGAUGCGUGACCGUGACCUCUGCACCCUGGCCUGUCAGGCGAGAUUCCCCACACUGGAUUUGUCGAAUGCUGUGGAGAAACUGGUCAGUAUAAAAUGUCCAGCAGACAAGCCACUAAAGUGUCUCCCUGCCGGCAUAUGUCAUGGCUUUGACGAGUACUGCCAUGCUGGACAAAACAAAUCUUGUUUUGAUGGGGGGAUGUCGGAGGGGGAACUGUUGCGGUGGUGUCAGGUCCAUAACGUCAGUUCAAUGCCAGACCCCUCCUGCAAGUUUGCCUGUCAAGUCAGGUUCCCUGCCUCCUCCAACACAGUGAGUUCUGGGUCUGGGCCAUGUUGUGAAACUGCCAAGGCUCUAGGCGGUACUCUAGCAGGUGUGGUGGUGCUAGGAAUUGUGGGUCUUGUGCUUUACAUAUGUGUGUGGAGGAGAAGACCACAUGGUCCAGGAGGAAAGAUUGCAGCAGGAAACCGUGGCACCAACAAACCAACGGCAGCAGCUGAGCCAUUGAUGCCAGAGCAGACACCUGGGGUAGAAGAUUCUGGAAUAGCCGGCACCAGACGUCUGAUCAGAGCCAUGUCUGAUGAAACAGGAAAUGGUUUGGCUGAGAACCUGCAUCGUCGAGAAGAAAAUGUCACCAAUCAGCAGAUGGAUGCAGUAGACAUAACUAUAGCAGCUGAUCCUUAGAACAUCUUGAGUAGAUAACUAUAGGACCAAUUCUAGCACAUUCUUGCAAAAUAACACUAGUUAGAUUGGCGUUUUCCAUUCAUUACAUGACGUCUUGUAGACGAAAUAAUAUUUUCAACGAAUGUCUUCAAAUACAUCUAGUGGACCAUCAUUUUUUUUUUUAAACCUUAAAAUAUGUAGACACUAAAAUGGUUUUUACAUGUAGAUAUUAUAAAAUCCAGAGAACUAGUUUUUUCAUGCAGAAGGUGGUGUACCCUUGACCUAGUUCAUAUGAUCCAUAUCAGUUAUCCAAUUCUAUGACAUUCAAUAAUUGCUAAAUAUUUCGAGAUUAAAUUGGAGGGAGGUUUAAAGUAACAGCAAAGUAUCAUAAGGAUCACAUUUUUAGCUGUAGUCAUUAAUAAAGUCAAUCUAAUGUUAGAGAUAUUUCUAAAUUUGCCCCUUAGUUAAUUCAAUAUCUAAUGAAGUUUUCUUGCUGUGAGUUGAAAGUAUGUAGCUGUUUGAAGUAGUCUACCACUAUAUCACUGAUAUUAUACUGCAUAUGACCAUUGAUAAAAAUACACAAGGGCUAUAUAAUUGUAUUUUUUAGCAGUUUUAAACUGUUGUCAUUGCUGAUGUUUUUUUUUUCAAUCACUGAAUAUGUUGGUGUAGGAUAUACUACCAAAUCCUGUAUGUUAUUUUUGAUACUACCAAAUCCUGUAUGAUAUUUUUCAUACUACCAAAUCCUAUAUGAUAUUUUUCAUACUACCAAAUCCUGUAUGAUAUUAUUUUGGACACUACUAGAUGAUGGAAUGGAAUGAAUGUGACUUAUGUUUUCAAUGCCAGAAGAUUAGAUUGAAUAUUUAUUGAAAUUGUCCUGGGUCUUAUUCCUAUGUUAAUUUGUAUUGUUAGUAGAUUAAAAAGACAGCAAAAAAAUGUUUCCAUGUUGAAAGAUGGUCAGAACAUCAAGUAAAAAAAUAUUUUGUGCAGGUGAAAAUAGUCAGUUGUGAAUAAAACUUAGGUAUAAAUGUGUAAUAGGUAAGGUGAUGUGUGAGGUGAUGUGUGAGGUGAUGUGUGAGGUGAUGUGUGAGGUGAUGUGUGAGGUGA